AUGUCGGAGUCGCCGCCCCCACCGUCAUGGAGUAUCGCCGGCAUGGCCAACAGUGCCGUGCAGUUCUUGCGAUUGCCAGUUCUGGCAUCUUCCGGAUUGGCUGUGGUAGCCAGCGGCCUUUUGUACUUUAAGCAGAAUGAGCUCAUUUAUCCUCGCAACGUGCCCGUGGAUGCGCGGACAAAUGUUCCCAAGCCCCAACAGUUUGGAAUCACAGACUACGAAGAUCUACAAAUUCCGACCCCCGAUGGAGAGUCGUUAAAUGCCCUGUUCAUUCACCCUUCGCGCAAACGUAUAGGCCCGAGUAUCACCGUGUUGAUGUUCCAUGGAAAUGCCGGAAACAUCGGGCAUCGCAUACCCAUCGCAAAGGUUCUACAAGAUGUCUUGGGUUGUAAUGUCUUGAUGGUCGAGUACCGUGGUUACGGUCUGUCAACAGGUACACCGGACGAGGCGGGCUUGAAAAUCGAUGCUCAGACGGGGCUAGAAUAUAUCCAACAGCGACCGGAAACCCGAGACAGCAAGAUUGUGGUAUAUGGACAGAGCUUGGGUGGAGCCGUGGCGAUUAAUUUGGUUGCCAACAAUCAAGCCAAUGGUGCGAUCGCUGGACUAAUCCUUGAAAACACAUUCCUGAGUAUUCGCAAACUGAUUCCCACGGUCUUCCCUCCUGCUCGUUACCUUGCCCGAUUCUGCCACCAGUACUGGACCAGCGAGGAUAUCCUACCUAAGAUUACACAGGUCCCCAUUCUCUUCCUGAGUGGGCUGAAGGACGAGAUUGUCCCACCAUCCAACAUGACUCAGCUCUUCGCGAUCUGCAAAUCCGACCGCAAGGUUUGGCGCACACUUCCAAAUGGAGGACACAAUGACAGUGUUGCUGAGCCAGGCUAUUUUGAGCACAUCCUCUCUUUUGUGAGGGAGGAAGUCCUCGCGGACGGUCAAUAA